AAAGACAGAAAGAAAUAGACAAAUGCUGGGUAGGAUUAUGUGAUGAUUUUGGAUGGGAAAAUGCAGAAGAAGUGAGAAUGCCUAUAGCACCGAAAGUUAGAGAAAUGGAAAAGAAAGCACAUAGUAAGUUACGGAGACAUGUUGAAGAGAAAGAUAAGGUUAAGUGGUAUAAUACAGGGAAACAUAAUAGCGAGGAAGAAAAUCUAAAAAAGACAUUAAGGAUGUGGACCAGAGUGGCUUUAACGACUACAGCACUCAGCUCGCAGAAAGUACAGAGUGGAGAGAGAAAAGAGGAAGUGAACAGCUCAAGAGUCAGAAAGAUACAGGAAGAGAAAGCAGGAAGCAUUCAGACUAACCCUACAGCUCCUCCCCUUCAGAAACACAUACCUUCAAUAUAUCCUUCAUUAAGCCAUCCUCCGCCAUAUGAGCCGUCCCACCAGCAGAUGGUGGUAGAGAUAAACAGUGGAGAAGUACAUGUAGACCUAACAGGAGUUACAAACCAGAUACAGGCUUUGGAACAGAAAUUUGACUACCUGGUUCAGGCAGUAAGGAAGGAUGUGGAUGACACAUUGCAUAAAGCCAGAGCAGCCAUAGAGGUGGUGGAAAACACCAGGAAUAGUCAGAAGGCGAACUCGACUGAUGAGAGUGAGGAAGCAGAUGAUGAGAGUGAGGACGAGGAUAAGAGUAAGGAACCAUUACGCACACAGCAACCAAAACAUACAUCAACACCCCGCUGUCUUAACGAACAGGAAGAAUCACUUAAGGUGCAAAUUACAGGGGACAUGAUUGUCUAUGGACCAAUAGCAACUAGAUUGAGAAGCAAAUCGGGUCCAUGGGAAAGGGAGUUUGUUUUAUAUGGUCCAGGUAAUCAAAUAAUGGCACCUCAGAUACAGGCACCAUUGAUGCAGAGACCAGGUGGGAAUCUUCAGUACCAGCCCUGGUCACAUAGUGAUAUGACAGCUAUAGUGAGUAAAUUGCCACCCAUUACUUCUGGAGGCAGCAGAUGGCUGAGUAAAUUAACUGUACUCUGUCAUGGCAUUGAUUUGGCUUUGGGUGACUUGAGAUGCCUGUUGGGACAAAUACUGACAGCCUCACAUUUGCAGAAUUUGGAGGUUGAUUCUCGCACUACUUUGGAUGCAAAUGAGACACCAUUUGCAAGGGUAAGCACAGAAAUUGGCAUAACACUUAGACGGUUAUAUCCUGUACCACCAACGGUAUACCAAAAUGUAAAAUUCCGCAUUAAGCCAGGUGAGACUGGAGCGGCCUAUUAUUUCCGUUGUGCUGCUGAGUGGGAACAAAUGGUGGAGGAAAACAGUUUAAAUAACCCGGUGACACGAGACAUAUUUAGAGCAGCAGUAAUGACAGGAGCUCCGAAUGGAGUAAAACAAACAAUGGAGAAUAACCCAGAUAUCCCAGUGGCAAGUAACGAGGUAUGGGAAAGACAUUUAGUGCACCACACAGACAGAGCAGUUGAAAGAACCAAUAAAGAAGAAGAGGAACUAGAAAAAGUUAAAACCCAAUUGUUGAAGUUACAAUUAGAAAAAGCCAAAAGUGAGGGCUCAACCAAAAAGGCCAAGCAAAUGCCACAACAUACUCCCAAUGCACCCCAACCCAUAGACCCAUAUCAAGGACCCCCUUACAGUGGUUUUCCUUAUGGAGGACCGACGCACCACCAUCCAUAUAGCAACUCACAUUAUGCCCAAGGAUCAAACCGUAGGCAGAGGCCCACCUGGAGAGGCAAUGGACGAGGUAGGCCGGAAAGAGGGAGGGGAGGGUUUGAGAGGGAGCAGUGUUUUGAGUGUGGUGAAUAUGGACACUGGGUGAGAAAUUGCCCACAGAAACCGGCACACAGUCAGGGCCAAAAUAACGGUCCACCUGCGGGGGGAUGGGGUCCCCGAAGAGGUGGCACCGGUGGUCUUGGCUGGGGACCACAAACCCCAUACAACCCGGGGCAACGCCUCUCGUCACCCUCCAACCUACAGGUGCCUGUGCACCCAACAUGGGGCCCGGAGGGUGGGGCGGAGGAAUGUUGAAGGGGCCCACAGAGAACCACCAUGAGAGGAUUGGCUGAACCUCUCAUGGAAAUAGUGGUAAACCAACAACCACUAAAAGCUCUGGUAGAUACCGGGGCCACAUACUCCACUG